AUGCCAACAUGCCUCUCCCAGUUGCCCAACGAUGUGGUGCACCAGACAGCCCUCUACCUUGGCAUCCGAGACUAUGCCCACCUCCGAAUCGCCAGCAAGGACUUCGCCAACCACCUCGAGGAUCAUGGCACCGCCAGAAAGGUCAUAAAGUCGAACCUAAGCCAUUCUCUGGCAGGCAAGCAAGCUUUAGCGGCAGGAUUCCAUUCCCGGAAACAACUCUCCCGCAUCUACUGGCGACGAGAGGCCCUGAGAAUGGCCCGACCAUACUCCGUUUGCCACAUAGCCAAUGCCACCAGCUUCGUCUAUGCUGACAGCAUCCUUUGCUACUCCACCACCCAUGAUAUCCGCCUUUUGGACCUCUCCAAUCCCAGUACCACCGAGAGAGUCAUCAGUAAUCGCUUCCUCGCCAGCAAGCUCCCUGGUGCUGGCGAGCGUGCCAACUCUCUGCUACCCUACAGCACCUCGAUCCUCGCCUUUGAUAACAACCUCCUUGCAGUUCUCGCCUGCUUCAACUCCGGCGACUACCUCUUUGUUCUUAACGUCACAUCUGGCGACGUCCCCCAACGGUGCCUUCUCAUUGAACGACUCCGCAGCACCAACAAGCUCUUCGCCCUCCUGGGUCCCGAACACCUCUUCUACGGCACACAGUCCGCAUCAUCAAGCUCCGGUUACCCUGAAUGGCUCGUGCAAGGCUUCAGUCUCGCGAGAACUUCAGGCACAACGACCUCCUGCAGCUGUCAGCCCACGACUCCAUUCCCGUUGCAGCUUUCCCGCAUCUCCGGCCUCGACCCAUCGUCCACUGUCGCCUUCACCAUCCAUGCCGGCUACUUCAUCGCGCUGACAAACCAAACCGGACACGAAGCCGAGGAGGUCAAUUGGACCUCGUACUAUCGCUACAUUGCCUUCGGCAUCAGUGACCCGAAUCCGGAUCUCAGCAUCAAAACCAUUUUCCGUCGCCAAGACCACGAGGGUCCCAUUAACGACACUUGGACCGAACUCAAAUUCUCCGUUGACGAGACGACUGGCGGCCUAGUGCUCGUUGAAGGCCGCAAGGAGUUCCUCGAGGGUGCUGAUGGCUGGACACGUACCUGGUACGGCGUGCCCUGGGAAGCGGCCGCUCACGGCGUCUGGGCUGACAAUGUAUCCAUCAACCCGGACGACCGCCUCAGCACGCUCGUGCACGCGGACGAGCAUGGCAAGGCCGACGACGGCGAUGAGAUCUUCACCCGCUACGAGGACCGCGACAGCUAUCGACCCCAGCGCUACGCGCACUGCGAGCGUGCGCCCACGACCAAUACCCUAGAUGGAGAUAGCGACGGCGAUGCACUCAGCAAAGGAAAAGGCAAAGACCAAUGCGUUAGUGCCACCAAGGACUACAUCCGCGCCAAGACCAAGUUCGGCGCCUACGACCUCAACCGUGGCUGCAGCGUCGAGCUCGUGGUCGACGAUGUGCCCGGAGACGGCUGGCGGACCAAAGAGCGUCUCAGAUUGAGAGUUGUGAGCCGUCUCGAAAAGUCGCCACUUGCGGCUGCCGACUCCCACAAUGCCAAUCUGGAAUCGCACGUCAUGCUUCGUCCCAAGGUGCGCGAUCGCAAGACAGGGCUGGACAUUCUCGAUUCGGAACGAAGCUAUCACGACAGUGAGAUUCAUCUAUGGCCGAGAGACGAGGAGGAGGUAAGGGAGGGGGAGGACCCCAAGCCGCCGCUGCCUGAUGAGAUUGCAGACCUGAUGUGUCCGGGUGGGAAGGCGGGGCAGGUUGAAGGCAUGCUCGGCGAGGAGGGCCUGGUCUAUGCCAUUGGAUCGCCCGGGACGGGGGGAGAGCGGCAGCUAGUUUUGGUGUGCUUUGAUCCGGCGUGGGGAUUUGAAGGGAUGAGGGGACUGGAUGGAGAGGUGGUCAAGCCAAGGGUGCGGACGGAGGCGGAGGCGGCGGCAGCAGCAGCAGCUCCUGCUGUAGACGAUAUUUCGGGCGGGAGUGGCAAGCGGAAACGGGAUGAACAUGAAAGAGGCGUGGAAAGUGCCGUGACCGGGAGAAGCACCAAGCGGCACGAGAGUCAGAGCCGUGACGCAGUAGUUGAGGAUGCUACCGCUGCCGCUGGUGCUGGUGCUGAAAGCACUUCGGAACCCGUUGCUGUUGCCGACGACCAGCAUGACAGCGGCGUCGUGCUCUGGGACAUUGACGCCAAUGGCGAUCAUGGGCAUGACAACGACCAUGAGCUGGCAUUAUGUCCCAACAAUGAAGCUGAAGAUACAGACGAGCGUGAGGGUGAGGCCGCGCCGAGUACAGCGACAGCAGCGACUCUUCAACCGGCAGCUGUAAACCCCCUGCUCUGGCGCGAGGAGGCCAUGUAUCUGCGGCUUAACCGCGGGUGGUGGGUGCGUUGGUAG